AUGUGUUGUGAGUUGAGGGUGACUUUCUUCAAUGAACUUGCUGAGCAACUUGAGAAACAAUUGAAACAUACCGCUGAAGAACAAGUUACCAUCAUAAUUGCAAGUGCGAAAGUGAAUCAACACGAGGGUAAAAACUCUGUUAGAUGGAUAAUUACUCACUGUCAUGUAAUUUAUUUGUUUAGAUUGGCUGCUUUUCCACUAAACACAACAUCUAUAACUGUUGAAGAAGAGUACAUCGAAGAAGUGAUAGAUGACAAAAUCUACACAAUUUCAGAGAUAAAGAAGUUUACUGCUCAAUGCAUUCAGAAAAAGUAUAAAUGCCAAGUUAGUGUGAAGAAAGUGGAGGAGAAGACAAAUUGGUAUGACAAUGUCUGUACAUCCUGUGAUGAAGAGGUUAAUAUUGUUGAAGGGAGGUAUAAAUGUGACAACUGUAAAAGAAAUAUCCCUUUUCCUGAUAAGAGAUUUCGAUUGGCUACCGUCUGCAACGACUCUACUGGCUACCUUGGGAUUGUUUUUCCGGAUGAAGAGAUUCAACGAAUCACUGGCAAAAAUGUUUUUGAUAUUGAAAAUGACAGCACUCAAGUUGGAGACUCAAUAUCUUUUCCUCCACUGCUAAAGGCUUUCGAAAAGAAAGAAUUUAUUGUUACUUUGAUCAUAGGGGAAACCAAUGUGCAUAAUUCAUGUAAUGUUUACCUCGCUCAUGCAAUUGAUGAGCCUCCUGAAAUGCUAGGAGACCACGUUCCUGGUGAAGUGGUUCCUGCGAACUCUAAGCAAGAUUCCAUUUCCAUGGUAUCAAUCUACUACACAUUUUUCUACUUGAUAUAAAACGUAAUGUAAUAUAUGGUUAUCUAUUUAAGAGCUGUGAUUGUUUUAAUUAUGUCAACAGAAUUUGGAAGAGACAUUAAACCGUGCAUCCGAUAGUCCAGCAACUGAGAAGUCCACAAACAAGCAGAGACCACGUAAGAAAACUGAAACUGUGCCAUUUGAGACUGAGGAAAAUGUUAAGAAAAGAAAGACAGUGAAGAAAGACAUUGACUAAAAUCGGAAUCUCAUAGCUUACAAUUUCUACAGAGGAAAGAAUUCAUGUUUUUGUCAUGGCCCUUCUUUUGGCUCCUCUUAUGUCUUCUAAUAUAUUAUGCAAACCUUUAUUUUUGGUGAACACAGAACUGCAAUUCAUAUCCCAGCUUAUGUUAUUUUGCCAGCCUCUACUGUAAGAAAUA